UCGGAACACAUAUAACUUGCCAAUAAUGGGUUUUAGUGGAUUUGAUCCAGUGUUUUCGAUCCAUUCUUUUCAUGACAAAAGGGUUUCGAUUAGGCACUAAUGAUAUUCGAUCGAGCUGAUUUUUUGCAUACUUAUUCAACUUGACGAACUCUAUGAAGUCAAAGUUUUCGAUUAUUGGAGCGACAGCAGAGGAUCCCCCGGGACAGCACGCUGCAGCUCCUUGUUUUUUUGGGUGAACCUUCCUGCAUUUUUUUGGUCAACCUUACUUCCUGCACUGAAGAAUUACUCAACGUGACCUUAGGCACCACUCGCGAGGCACCUCUGGUCCCACCCUUCUCUCCUAGCCGUUAGAUAUAUAAUUACUCUACCCAUAAUAGUUGAUUGCUGGAUUUUCACAGAUACCACCAUAGAUUCCAGACAAACUAGGUCCCCACCCUAAACCCCUCUCUCUCUCUCUCUCUCUCUCCAAAACCACACAAAAAACCUCUCAUCCCCAGCUCAAAAAAAAAAAAAAAACUCCCAACCCUCCAAUGGCGGACUACUCAGACACGACCCACCACCACAACACGAUCACCAAAGAAACGGCCCUCCAGGCCCUGAACAACAUAAUCCAGCUCCACUUCGAGAAGACCCUGGAGAAGAAGCGGGCCGUGGACCUCCAGAAGAAGGAGCUCUGGAAGCUCUUCCAGCUCUUCUUCCUCUUCCUGGGCCUCGUCUUCCUCGCCCAGGCCCAGUCCACCAGCCGCCUCCAGUGCCGCCACUGCUGGGUUCCCAUCGGCCUCCUCUCCCUGGCCCACCUGAUCUUCUACGUGUCCGUCGCCCAGACCCUGAGGUGCAUCAACGGGUUCAAGUACCAGAGGAGGUGCCAUAAGCUGACCCUUGGGUUGGCCACGGACAGGCUGAGGCAGAUCAAGAUGAGAGAUGACGGCGGCGUCGGCGGCGGCGGCGGCGGGUUGGUGGGGGAGGAGUUUGAGAUACAUUAUCAGGAGCCGCCGGAGAGUUACUUUGGUAAGUUCAAGAGGAACUGGGCCUUGCAUUUUGGGUUCUUGAUUUUGAUUUAUGGGUUUUGUGUUUCUUCCUCUGUUGUUCUUCUCUGUUUUUAGAGUGGGGUGGGAUUGGAUUGGGUGGGUUGUUUGGCUAGAUUUAGUGGUGGUGUCGGGUACAGUGUUAGUUUGUGAUGGUGUAUUGGACUGGUUUAAAACAUUUUAACGCUCAGGGCACUGAGAGUUUGUUCGAUCGUUAACUUCAGGAUUGCAAAAUUAGAUGAGAUGCUCGAUGAGUGAUCUGGACAUCCGGUUAUAAAAAAAAGAGAGGGGAGAUUGCCAGAUUGGAUCGGGUCUUGCAUUGUUUAGCUAGAUUUUAUUUUAUAGUGGUUGUAAUUGCUUAGGUACAGUGUUAGUUUGUGAUAAGUAAGUACUACAUUGGACUAAUUUAUAAAUUUUAAGAUAUAUGUGGAAAAUUCAAUUCCAAAA